AUGAGCCAGUUUGCUGCAGCAGCAGCAGCAGCAGCAGCAGCAGCAGCAGUAGUGAUAGCAGCAGCAGCAGCACCAAUAGCAGUGCUUGCAGCAGCAGCAGCAGCAGCAGUGUUAGCAACAGCAGCAGCAGCACCAGUAGUGCUAGCAGCAGCUGCAGCGGCAGCAACAACAAUAGCAUGGCUAGCUGCAGCUGCAGCAGCAAAAGACGCAGCAGCAGCAGCAGCUGGUGCUGCCGCAGCAGCUGCAACAGCAUUACCAGCUGCAGCAGCAGCUGCUGCAACAGCACUGCUCGCUGCAGCAGCAGCAACAGCAGCAGCAGCAGCUGCUGGUGGUGCUAGCACUGCUGCUGCUGCUGCUGUUGCUGCUGCUGCCUUUGAGCUUCUGGGGCGGCGGCUGACUCUCUAG